GGCGCGGGUGGAAGAACACGGCGGUGCCAGCCGCCGCGCCAGGCCGGUGGCGCAGGGAUCCGGGCCGCGGUGCUGAGGCCGCCUGUCAGUCAGUGCGGCGGCGCCGGGACGCGGCCGGGGCGCAGCCGGCAGAAGGCGGUGUGAGGAGUGCGCGGUAACGGGGACGGAGCGCGGCCGGCAGCGGGAGGAGCGGCGAGGGAAGGCGAGUGGGGGAAAAAAGGGAAAAUAAACGUCAAAGAAGCGAGCUGCGUUUCUUCCGAACUGCAGGAAAAGGCUGUUUCACUACCGGCUCCCUGUCCCCUCGGUCGGCUGCGAUGCUGCUAGCCACCGUGUUGCCCUGGACGUUGGUUUUGCUUGGAACCGCAGCCUCUCUACAAGUGGACAUUGUUCCAAGCCAGGGGGAGAUCAGUGUUGGAGAAUCAAAGUUCUUCUUAUGCCAAGUGGCAGGGGAAGCCAAAUACAAAGACAUUUCCUGGUUUUCCCCUAAUGGUGAGAAGCUGACGCCGAACCAACAGCGCAUCUCAGUGGUGCGAAAUGAUGACUUCUCCUCCACCCUCACCAUCUACAACGCCAACAUUGAUGAUGCUGGCAUCUAUAAAUGCGUUGUCAGUAGCGUGGAGGAGGGAGACUCCGAGGCCACCGUCAAUGUGAAAAUUUUCCAAAAGCUGAUGUUCAAGAAUGCUCCCACUCCUCAGGAAUUCAAGGAAGGAGAUGAUGCUGUGAUUGUGUGUGAUGUGGUCAGCUCACUGCCUCCUACCAUCAUCUGGAAGCACAAAGGCAGGGAUGUUAUCCUAAAAAAAGAUGUUCGAUUUAUAGUCCUGUCCAACAACUACCUGCAGAUCCGGGGAAUCAAGAAAACGGAUGAAGGGACAUACCGCUGUGAGGGCCGGAUCUUGGCUCGUGGGGAGAUCAACUUCAAAGAUAUUCAGGUCAUCGUAAAUGUACCUCCUUCUGUGCGUGCCAGGCAGAGCACUAUGAAUGCCACUGCCAACCUCAGCCAGUCUGUCACCUUAGCAUGUGAUGCUGAUGGCUUUCCUGAGCCAACCAUGACGUGGACAAAGGAUGGGGAGCCAAUAGAAGAGGCCGAUGAUGAAGAGAAAUACAGUUUUAAUUCUGAUGGGUCUGAGCUCAUCAUCAAGAAGGUGGAUAAGAGCGAUGAAGCAGAAUACAUCUGUAUUGCUGAGAACAAGGCUGGCGAGCAAGAUGCCACCAUUCAUCUCAAAGUCUUUGCAAAACCCAAAAUCACCUAUGUGGAGAAUAAAACAGCCAUGGAGCUGGAGGAUCAGAUUACACUGACCUGCGAGGCAUCUGGGGACCCAAUCCCUUCUAUCACUUGGAGAACUUCCACCCGGAACAUCAGCAAUGAAGAGAAGACCCUGGAUGGGCGCAUCGUAGUACGUAGCCAUGCCCGGGUGUCGUCCCUGACUCUCAAAGACAUUCAGUACACAGAUGCCGGAGAAUAUGUAUGUACAGCCAGCAACACCAUCGGGCAGGACUCCCAAGCCAUGUAUCUUGAAGUGCAGUAUGCCCCGAAGCUUCAGGGCCCUGUGGCUGUCUAUACCUGGGAAGGGAACCAAGUGAACAUCACCUGUGAGGUAUUUGCUUACCCCAGUGCUGUCAUCUCCUGGUUCCGGGAUGGACAGCUGCUUCCCAGCUCUAACUACAGCAACAUCAAGAUCUACAACACUCCAUCAGCAAGCUAUCUGGAGGUGACACCAGACUCUGAAAAUGACUUUGGAAACUAUAACUGCACUGCUGUGAACCGCAUUGGCCAGGAGUCCUCAGAGUUCAUUCUCGUGCAGGCAGAUACUCCGUCCUCUCCUUCCAUUGACAGAGUGGAGCCAUAUUCCAGUACUGCCCAGGUGGAGUUUGAUGAGCCUGAAGCUACCGGCGGGGUGCCCAUCCUCAAGUACAAAGCAGAGUGGAGGGCACUGGGCGAGGGAGAAUGGCAUUCGAGGCUGUAUGAUGCAAAAGAAGCAAAUGUGGAGGGCAUGAUCACUAUCACUGGCCUGAAACCUGAAACAACCUACUCUGUGAGGCUGUCUGCCGUCAAUGGCAAGGGCGUGGGUGAGAUUAGCCUGCCAUCCGACUUCAAGACACAACCAGUUCGGGAACCCAGCGCACCUAAACUGGAAGGUCAGAUGGGAGAAGAUGGAAACUCCAUUAAAGUGAAUGUUAUCAAGCAGGAUGAUGGUGGCUCCCCAAUUAGACAUUAUCUGAUCAAAUACAAAGCUAAACAUUCCUCAGAAUGGAAACCAGAGAUCAGACUUCCAUCUGGCAGUGACCACGUCAUGCUCAAGUCCCUGGACUGGAAUGCGGAGUAUGAGGUUUAUGUGAUAGCUGAAAACCAGCAGGGGAAGUCCAAACCAGCUCACUAUGCUUUCCGAACUUCUGCUCAGCCUACUGUCAUCCCAGCGACCUUGGGAAGUCCAUCAACGUCGUCCUCCUUUGUUUCAUUGCUUCUUUCUGCAGUGACUCUGCUUUUGCUCUGUUAGAAACAUAAAGUAAAAUAAAGCAAUAUUUGCUUGAAAAGGCCUGGGUCCCACCAAGGCGUGAAAGCAGAUAACUUUGCUUCAGAGGAUCUUGUCAGUUCAGGAAAAACAAACAAACCACAGAACGUUUUAGAAAAAUGUUUAAUUUGAAGGAGUCAGUAUUUUGUAACAAGAAAAGAAUUUAAGCCAAGUUUCUUCUCUUUAACAUUUUUUUGUUACUUGUGAUGAAUUUGCCCUUUUUAUUGGAUGUAAGGAAAGAUUUGUUGUUGUUUGCUUGCUAGUGUUCAUCAAAGGAAGGUACAAUAUUGAAAGCCUUGUAAGAUACUGCUUUUUACUGAUUUCUCUGCACAUCUGGUGCUAAUCACCACUGUGUUGUGCAAAAGGUUUAGAAAGCCCCAUCCACAAAUACAAACCCACAGACCAUAAGAGCAGAAACAUUUGUCAGAGAUGAUCCUACUGGUUGCCCAAAUGUCUCUGUGGGCUUUUGCAUGUGGAUUCAAAUUUAUGGCCAUUAGAAGGUUUUCCUGAUGUGAUGGUCUGGAUAUAAAUAUCUUGUGGGAAUUGCACUGAAGAGAUUUCUUUCUUUCUUCUUUAUGUGGUUGAAUCCUUGCAACUUCAUUGGCCCCUUGUGUACAGCCAAGUAUCUCAUGACCUAUAGUGGAUCUGGGGCAUAAUACACCCCAUGAGCAUACAAAUUUGCAAUGGAUGCUUGUCUAACAUUUUCUGGUUUUUCACUACUGUAUUAUCAACUUCAUAGAUUCUUUUUCUUGCCAUUUUAACAGAAAAUAUUAUCUUCGAUCAAGUUACCUGACCAGCUAAUUUAUUGUUAUUAGAUCAUUAAUAAUAUUCAUGCUUAACUGUGCAUGUGACACUACCAGACAGGAUUAAUCCAUGCUGUAAGUUGGUGCAGUAUAAUGCAUCUUUGUUACCAUGUUCUGUGUAUUGCAUUUUGUUAAACAAAUUUCAGUUGGCUUUUUUCCUUUUCUCUUCUUUUUACUUAAAGAAAAACCCAAACAACACAACAAAACACACACACACAAAAACAACCCCAACCCAACCACAACAACAAAAACCCUUGUGCCCCUCAUGAAUUGUCUUUGUGAUGGGAAAGCCAUUUGGCUCUGAUGCUGUUCUAAAAAUGCGUGUGCGUGUCUGUGAGUGGGCCUGAGGCUGCCAAGGAUGAAACUGUGGACAUAGUUGUUCAACUGUCCGUACAGAAUGUCUCAAAUACUAUCGGUUGUCUGGAAUGGGAUUAAUCUCUCUAACAAAAUUCCAAUAGGGACAAACAAAAUCCCUGCCAUCGUUCUUGUCUAACUAUGCAUUUUAUGCUCUGCACACAAGUCUUUGCUGUGUUUAUUCAGACCUUGUUCAUUAUGAUUUGGGAACUGCUUUUCUAUCUAAAUUGGAAAUGAAAACUUUCUGCAGGUGUGGUACAUAAAAGCAUGUGGGUUUCUUGUUUUUUAUAAAACAACCUCACUUUCAGGGUUUUGGAUUAUAGAUUUGUUAGGUCUUUUGUGUUUACACCUUAGUGUUAUUGAAAUACAGCAAGAGUAAUCAUAAUACUAAAAAUUGUGUGACAUGACCUCCUCGCUCCCUGUAUGCAUCAGAGGGUGAUAGAUGCCUUUAAUUACGCAGCUUGCUGACAGAUCUGGUCAGUGGCACAAAUGUUCUGCUGAGCAAUAAUGGACCUGUGAUGUGUCAGGUACCUCAGAGUGACUUUUGGAUAUAGUCAAAUGCAGAAAGAAACUUUCCUGUUGGAGUCUGGAUUGCUUAAUGCAUAUCAGAGUCACAGAAUGAAACAACAGUGAUUUGCCUUAUGCUAAGGAUGUUCUGUCUCCUAUUUUUAAGUAAUGAAAUGUGUGGCAGGGGGCAUGGUGCUCUCUCUGUGAGCCGUGGAAAUGAUCUCUCCACCUGUCAAAGUCAACAUAGGUCAGGCUGAGGGGAAAGAGGUGCUUUGCUGGGCUUUUCUGCAAAGAAAUGAUUCUAAAUGUGGAUUGAUUUAAUUGAAGGAAAUUGAAAGAAAAAAACUCCAAAAUACUCCUAUGGACAAUGACAAACAUGCUCUUGUUCAGCUGUCUCAGAAAACAUCAGUAAGCAGCUCUGUCAGAUGCACAGGCCUUUACUGUGUGCACAGUCCCACAGUAAGAGGUGGAUUACGUGACAGCUGAGACUACCAGGCAGGUUGUGAGUAGUUUGGUACAUCUAAAUAGGUGCUGAAUGGUAUGAGCCAACAACCAAAUGCUCUACCUGCAGAUCAGCAGCUUGGGAAGAAUUCACCUGAUUAAAACAAGGGGAACAAAAAAUAGUUUGUCUUCAGGGUAUGAUGAUAAGAGACUGGGAAGCUGCAGCUGGCAGCAUUCAGGGCUGUGCCUCUUGAUUUUGUGGUGAUCAAAGGCUUUGACAGCAUUAACUGAUGUGUUUAUCCAUUCCCCCAUUUCUAAGUAAGUACUGAGCAAGCAAGUAGAAAGUUAAAGGCACUUCCUUUGAAGACAGUAGUAUAUAGGCAACCCCAUGCAUUUUCUAGGCCUCCAUCACCACCUCUCACCUGCUGUCCUUUUGUCUGCUGGAAAAGGCAAGGUAUUUUUUUCUGUUCUAUAGCUGGGGAAAUGUGGUGGAGUCUGGGGGUGGUGGUGGGGGCAGCUGCUGUGACCAGGACAAUGUCAGCGGUGUGUCAGUCUGCUUAUAAUUAUCAUCUGCUUCCUCAGAAGGCUGCUUGGAUUGUUGUCUGUACCUAAGCCAAAACACCCGUGAACAUUUACUGAUGAGCUCGGCUAUCUCUGCAUAAGACAUAAAAAGCUUACGACUUUCCAGUUCUGGAUAGCUGGGUCAUACCUGGAAGGGUUUUAAUUCCUCUUUUUGUUAUAUGGUGUAAGGGGCUAACCAAAGCUCAGACCCCCACAGGUAUCACCCAGUAUUCUGUGUCCCACCAGGGCAAGUCAUGCUAUGGAAUCUAGGCUUCACUUACACUUGUCCUUGUGCAGGACUGGUAGUGCAAAAGUCGCUCUAGACCCUCGACACAGCGUUCAUCUUGAGGAAGUGGUGAAGAGAAACAGCUCUUCAGAAUUCCAGCUAGGUAUAUGCUGCAGUAGAAGAGCUUUCUGUAGUUUGCUUUCCAGACCCUAGCCCAGGGAAAUGGAAAAGCCCCAUUAGGUCCAAGUGAACCUGUCUUUUUAGGUAUGUCGUCCUGCAUGUCUUUAGGAUAGAAUACUGGUUAAAACACAAGGCUACUAGAGAGAGGGUGUGCUUUCUGCAAGUUUCCCAUGCUUGCAACCUAAGCAUAGUCAAAUUUGAGCCAUAACUAGCCCCAAUUCACCUAUUAACUACAAUGCCUUCUUUUCUUCUCUUUUUGGUC